AUGAACGAUGAACAAUAUCUCAGUCACUUUCGGAAUAUUAAUUACUAUGAACUGCUGGGAGCUGCUGAACCACUUUGCCGUUACCUGAGGGAUAAUCAACAGGAAACUGAUAAAUUUUAUGUGACUUGGGUUGAGUCUUCUGAAGGCAAAGCGGAUAUUUUUGUGCUCUGCUGCCAGCAGUGCCCAAAGAUGCGCAAUAAGGCGGAGUUACAAAUCCUACUGAAAUCGGAAUAUCUCAUUCGGCGCUUUGCUAUCACUCACUCGUAUCCAAUGGACAAAGGAGGACAAAUGCUUGGCAGUGAAAUCCAUUUUGAAACAUAUCGAAGAAGAAAUGUCAAUCAGAUGGAAACUUGCUACGACGAAAAUUAUCGGAAGGUAACGGUGAUUAUUUACUAA